AUGAAGCUCAGGCUCGGUCCUCACCCUAGUCCAGACGAGGUCUCAGCACCGCUCCUCGACUGGUCAACAACAGGCCUCGGCGAUGAGUAUGACGGGUGCUACGCGAAGAUCAUCGACAACGUUUUCACACCAGAAGAAUGCGCUGCUCUGGUCGCCCUCGCAGAAUCCGGCAGCAAAUGGGAGAAGGCUGCCGUGCACUACGGAAUGGGUCCAGGAGAGAGCUACGUUGACACCAGCUACCGGAACAGCGAGCGUAUCCUUCGGUUCGACAAGGAUGCUGCAGAGAAGAUAUAUCAGAGGCUUUUGCCGUAUGUGCCCGAAAUUGUGGAGAUCAAGCCUGGGGGUCGAUGGCAGGGCAUCAUUAAAGACCGAUGGUUUGGCAUCGAAGGGUCCUGGAAGCUCAUAGGGUUGAACGAACGCCUGAGCUUCAUGCGCUACGGCCCAGGCCACUUUUUCAAAGAACACUGCGACACCCACGUCCAUCUCCCCUCACCCGACGGUCGCAAAUCUUGGGUCACAGUCCAGGUCUACCUCGAAGACGAAGGUGUCGAAGGCGGGGCGACGAGAUUCCAUGCCGAAGAUAAUGGGCGCUUCUUCGACGUUGCCCCAAAGAAGGGUAGGGUGUUGAUUUUCCAGCAAGAAAAACUCCUUCAUAGUGGGGCGAAUGUGGUGAAAGGACUAAAGUAUAACAUGAGGAGCGAUUUCAUGUUCACGCAAUGUUCCUGA